AUGAGCGCUGGAGUAAUGCGCUGGAUACGUAACAAAAAGAUCACAAAAAAGAACACAAUACAGGUGCCUGCCGACACUUUACAAGAGGGUAAAAGCUAUCUUCUCAGGGUAACGUCUGGUGCACACAUUGCUAUCUUUGAAGGCAUCCACGAAGACUUGUAUUCAUUCUUGCUCUUGCGUUACACAGGUGGAUCGAUGCGAUGGGUGAAUACCAGUUACUUGGUCGGUGACUUUGAUGCAUUCGUGGCAUUCGACGAAUUAUCCAAUCCAUUGAUUGAAUUAUGGUACCAACUUGGCGUUAGUGUUGGGCAACGUUUACCGGUGCAAUGGUUUAUCAUGUUUGAGGAAGCGAAUCGAAAACAACGUGAAGCCAUCUCGGAUGAUACGACAAGCGACAUGAUUGAAAAUGCUAUACAACCAACAAAGCAAGAUAACAACAACAAUACGAUCAAAUCGACUGAACGUCCUCGUCGUAUUGGCAAAGCCGAUUCAAAGCGUACAAGAAAGAAAAAACUCCAUCCCUCUCGUCAUAGUGCAGCAGCAGCAGCAGCAGGAUUGACGGAACGAAAGAAUUCAUCAUCCUCCUCUUGUUAA